AUGCUCACAAAUGGGUCUGAGCUGAACAGCACCGCGCCGGACCCGGACGACGAUACCGCCGCCGUUCUCCAGCGCCCGCCGUGGGUCACCACAACUUUGGGCUGCUUUCUCAUCUUCACCAUCGUGGUGGACAUUCUGGGCAACCUGCUGGUUAUCUUCUCCGUGUACCGCAACAAGAAGCUUCGGAACGCAGGCAACAUCUUCGUGGUGAGCCUGGCAGUCGCCGACCUGGUGGUGGCCAUCUACCCGUACCCCUUGGUGCUGGCGUCCAUCUUCCACAACGGCUGGAACCUGGGCUAUGCCCACUGCCAAAUCAGCGGCUUCCUGACAGGCGUCAGCGUCAUCGGCUCCAUCUUCAACAUCACCGGCAUCGCCCUCAACCGCUACUGCUACAUCUGCCACAGCCUCAAGUACGACAAGCUCUACAGCGACAAGAACUCCCUGUGCUACGUUCUCCUGAUCUGGGCUCUGACCGUGGUGGCCAUCGUGCCCAACCUCUUCGUGGGCUCCUUGCGCUACGACCCCCGGGUCUACUCCUGCACCUUCGAGCAGUCGGCCAGCUCGGCCUACACCAUCGCCGUGGUCUUCUUCCACUUCAUCUUGCCCAUCAUGAUCGUCACCUACUGCUACCUGCGCAUCUGGAUCCUGGUCAUCCAGGUGCGCCGGCGGGUCAAGCCCGACAACCGGCCCAAGCUGACGCCCCACGACGUGCGCAACUUCGUCACCAUGUUCGUGGUCUUCGUGCUCUUCGCCGUCUGCUGGGCGCCCCUCAACCUCAUCGGCUUGGCGGUGGCCAUCCGGCCGGAAGUGGCGCUGCCGCUGGUGCCUGAGUGGCUGUUCGUGGCCAGCUACUUCAUGGCCUACUUCAACAGCUGCCUUAACGCCAUCGUCUACGGCGUGCUCAACCAGAACUUCCGACGCGAGUACAAGCGCAUUGUGGUGUCGCUCUGCACCGCCAGACUAUUCUUCCAGGACAGCUCCAACGACCAGGGUGGCCCUGGCGGCGAGAGGCUCAAGAGCAAGCCCUCGCCGCUCACCACGAAUAAUAACCGCGUCAAAGUGGACUCGGUCUGA